CGCCCCUCUUCUCUCGCUUCCUAGGCUCUCCCUCGCUCUCUCAGGCACCGCUCCUCCUCAUGCACAGCACAUCGACCUUUAUGCCUCUCUAAUCCACGCCUCUCUGCACGAUGCUCCUCGCACUCCUCGCACUCAUCGCCCUGCUGCUGCCCUCGCUCGCCUUUCUCUCGCUGCUGCUCUACAUCACCACUCAUCGCGCGCCGCGCACCACGUCGCGCGCCUCGCUCGGGCGCAGCGCAGCCGUCGUGGUGCUGGGCGAUGUGGCACGCAGUCCGCGGAUGUGCUAUCAUGUGCAAAGCCUGGCGCACGAGGGCUGGAAGGUGGCGCUGGUGGGAUAUGGCGGCACUGCCCUUCCCUCGUCUCUGCAUCGCUCCUCCAUCAAGCCGCACUAUCUCUCCGCGCCGCCUGCGUUCAUUUCUCGCCUGCCUCGCGUCGCAUUUCUCUUGGUGGCGCCCUUCAAGGUGCUGUGGCAGUCUGCCGUGCUCUUCUGGGAGAUUACGGCGCGGAUUGAGCCGCCGCCAGAGGUCAUCUUGGUGCAGACUCCGCCGGCGUUGCCGACGCUCUUCAUCGUCCGUCUCGCCUCUUUGCUUCUCGGCUCCCGCGUCAUCAUCGACUGGCACAAUCUCGGCUAUACGAUUCUCGCAUUGCGCAUGGGCGCUUCCUCGCCUCUGGUCUCGCUCGCUCGUCUGCUGGAACGAUGGACAGGGCGCUCGGCAUAUGCUCAUCUUUUCGUCACACGAGCAAUGAUGCAGCAUCUGGAUGAGGCGUGGGGUCUCAAGGGCAGAAAAGUGGUGCUGCAUGAUCGACCGCCGCAGCACUUUCGAAGAAGCAACGUCGAAGAGACGCAUGCGCUCUGGACGCGCCUGGCUCCGAGGAUAUCGCCGGGUUGUGACGGCUUUUGGCCGAGCUUUGAAGCGCAGCACUCGUCGCCCUUUACUACUGUGACGCGCAGCAGCGGCGGCGAGGGCGACAUGCAAGAAGCUGAGCUGCGCCAAGAUCGCCCCGCACUCGUCGUCAGCUCCACCUCGUGGACGGCCGACGAGGACUUUUCGCUCCUUCUGCGUGCCGCUUCGCUGUACGAACGCCGAGCUCGCGAGCUGGCGGCACAACAAGCCGAGCGAGCACGCGCAAGCAGUCGCCAUGCCUCACCUACGCUCGCAGAACCCGCACGUGCACCGCAUGCGCGCAGCAAGGGACAUAGUUCGCCUACCCUUGAGGAGCCAGAGUGGCACGGCGGAGGCAUCGCCACUCGAAGACGCAGCACGAGUCGCAGCUCCUCGCUUGAACUCGACACAAGUCUCGUCUCGGGCAACUCCAACAUUGAGUCCACGCGCGACCGCAGUCGCAGAGCAAGUGCAGAUCUCUCUGGCGGAGGCAUGCCUCUGCUGCCCAACGAGCCGGCGGCAAGACUGCCGAAGAUGCUCCUCGUCGUCACGGGCAAAGGCGAGCUGCGCGCGCAGUACGAGAGAGAGAUUGCGCUGCUGGAACGGGAGGAGAAGUGGGAGUAUGUUCGGAUUCGGACGGCGUGGCUGGAGAUGGAGGAGUACCCCGUGCUGCUCGGCUCGGCAGACGUCGGCAUUUCUCUGCACACUUCCUCCUCCGGCCUGGACCUGCCCAUGAAGGUCGUCGACAUGCUCGGCUGUGCGCUACCUGUCUGUGCGCUCCACUUCGCCUGUCUCGACGAGCUGAUCCAGCACGAGCGCAACGGCCUUGUCUUUCGCGACGCCGAGGAGCUGGCUCGGCAACUCGAGAGUGUCCUGGCGCUGCAUCCGCAUGCCAACUGGCUGGCCGAGCAGGUGGCACAACUGCCCAGCCCGUUUGACGCACUGCCAACGACGCCGAGCUCGCCCACUCCCACGAGCAGCAUGACGAUGAGAAGGACAAUCUCGGCCUCUCCGCCUUGCUCGCCUCUGCUUGCCACUGCCGCAGGCACGACGCUGCUCGCCAGUCCCGUGCUCGGCUCUUUGGCCGCCUCCUCCGCGCCGCCCUCUUCGUCGCCGUCGCCGCGCGAGGAGAGCCGCACGGCCACGUGGGCCGGCAAUUGGUGUGCCGUCGUGCGCCCACUCUUGCUCGCCGCCGACGCCGAAGAUGCGUCUGCUGCUGCCUCGGCUUGCUCGCGCACGACGAGCAAGAGCAAGAGGCACGCCCAUCGCCGCGCCGCCACGUUGACGUCGUCGCUCUUUCGUGCCCAGCAAGCCUCGGCCAUCGCGGCUCGCUCCAGUCCGAAGCUGGACGCCGCCGCCGCCGCCGGCCACAUGCAGGCGUUUGGCAGCAGUGCGAGAAGCAGUGGCGAGGAGCAUCGCGUGGACGACGGCGCAGAUGACGCAGACGAGGCGACGGCCUCCUCGGGCCGCGCAGCAGUGGCGCGAGACGGCCUCUACCAGCGCAGAGCGGCUGCGCCGGCGCGCAGAGAGACGUGGGAGAAGGCAGUGGACAUUCCGGACAUUCACGUCUCGGCUCCCCCGGCUGCCGGCAGGCCGCUCUAGCGCCCCCGAGUCUUCUCCCCCUCUCGGCCCUUCCUGUCACACCUCAAAUAUACCCCCCUUUGCGUCCGACC